ACGGGGCGGAGCGGGCGCGCGGCAGCUUUUGGACCCCGGCGUCCCGGCUCCCGGUUCUCGGACCCUCUACCCCGCGACGGCGGCGGCCAGGCCUCAUGUACCGCUCGGUGUACGCCUUCCGCUCGUCGGAGCCCAACUCCCUACCCUUCGGCGAGGGGGAGACCUUCCUGAUCCUGGAACACAGCAGCCCGCACUGGUGGCUGGCGACCCGGGCCCGCAGCGGGGAGACCGGCUAUGUGCCCCCAGCCUACCUGCGGCGCCUGCAGGUUGAAAACAUUGAAGUUACUUUCUCAUCAGGGGCUACAACAGGGUUUAGAGCAGGAUGUCGUCCUCCAGUCCAUUGAUCGUGCCAUUGAAGCAGUGCACAAUGCAGCCAUGAAGAAUGGGGGCAAGUACAACCUGGAGCAGCGAGAUGUCCUUCAGAAGCUGAUCCACCAUAGGAAGGAAACAUUGUUCCGCAAAAGUCACACCGCAAGUCCAGUGACUAUGACCCCUUCAUCCAGUGACCAUCACCUGGAUGCCACUGCCAGUAGGCAGCCCAAUGGAGUUUGCAGGACUGGCUAUGAGAGGCAGCACAGCCUGCCCAGUGCUGAGUUUCUGGGAGAGGACUGUGCUUCUUACCAGGUCCCACCACAUCCGCGGCGAGUGGCUUCCAUCACACCCCCCCCACCAGGGAAACGGCGGCCCGUCCCAGUGGGCUCCGUGAGAGGCAGCCCUGACGCCCGUCCUGAUGCUCCGACUCGAGGGAGCUCCCUGUCCAGCAACUCCUCAGUCAGCACCACAUCCCUGGACACACUCUAUACGGGAUCCAGCACCGGGGAGCCGGGACCCCCCACAGCUGCCUCGAGCCCCAGCCACACGCCUCCUCCUAUUCCUAGUCGAAGCAGUGCCCGGGGUGCUGUUCCCAAACCCUCUGCCUUACAGAACCAGAGCACUGCUCCAGAGCCUCCUGGGACCACGGAGGGCCCUCCUGAGAAGGAUGAACAGGGGGCGGCUGAAGCCCCCGCCCCCGAUCUGGAGGCCCUUAGCAGCCUGACCCUCGAGGAGCCCGAAAAGAAGGAGGAGGCCCCUGUGGCCCCAGUAGCUGUGCCUUCGACAAUCGGGGCAGAACUGAUGGAGCUGAUCCGACGCAACACCAGCCUGAGUCACGACCUGUGCCGUGUGGCCAUUGGGGUUGUUGUCGGUCAUAUCCAGAGCUCGGUCCCAGCCGUGGCAGGUGUCAUGGAGCAGAUCCUCAUCUCCCUGGUGGAGAGCAAGGACUUGAGCUCAGCCCUGCCCUCGGGCCAGGUGUGCCAUGACCAGCAUCGACUGGAGGUGAUUUUCGCAGACUUGGCACGGCGUAAGGAUGAUGCUCAGCAGCGCAGCUGGGCCCUCUAUGAGGACGAGAACGUCAUCUGCUGCUACCUGGAAGAGCUGCUCCGAAUCUUGACAGACGCAGACCCAGAAGUUUGUAGGAAGAUGUGUCAGAAGAAUGAAUUUGAGCCGGUCCUCUCCCUGGUGGCCUAUUAUCAGAUGGAGCACCGGGUUGCCCUCCGCCUGUUACUUCUGAAGUGCUUUGGGGCCAUGUGUAGCCUCGAUGCGGCUGUCAUCUCCUCGCUGGUCACAUCCAUCCUGCCCAUGGAGCUGGCUCGGGACAUGCAGACGGACACCCAGGACCACCAGAAGAUGUGUUACUCGGCCCUGGUCCUCACCAUGGUGUUCUCCAUGGGCGAGCCGCUCCCUUAUCACCACUACGAGCACCUCAGUGCCCAUUUUGUCCAGUUCCUUUUGGAUGUCGUUGAGGAGGGUCUGCCCUCAGACACCACUGACCAGCUGCCUGACCUCUUUGUCAAUCUGCUUCUGGCCUUCAACCUGCACAUUCCAGACCCAGAAAACAAUGUCAUCAUGAGCACCGUCAGCAAACGUUCAAAUGUCAAGAUAUUCACUGAGAAGCUGCUGUUGCUGCUAAACAGAGGGGAUGACCCUGUACGCAUCUUUAAGCAUCAGCCACAGCCCUCACAUUCGGUCCUCAAGUUCCUGCAGGAUGUAUUUGCAUCUCGAGAGACGGCGUCCAUCUUUUAUCACACGGACAUGAUGGCCUUGAUCGACAUCACUGUGCGACACAUCUCAGACCUGUCGCCUGGAGACAAGCUACGCAUGCAGUACCUGACUCUGAUGCACGGCCUCAUCCGCUCCACCUCCUACCUGCAGCACGGCCACCGGCUGCCAGACCUGCGGGCCACCCUGAGGCGCAUCCUUUCUGAAGAGGAGGGCGGACUGCAGAGUCAUACUGACCAGGCCAUUGUCCGCCACAUGUGCGAGGAAUUCCCUGCUCUCCUCUGUCCGCCCACCAGCUAACCCUCAGCCCCCUUCCUGCCUCUGCUCUCGGCCUGUCUUCCCUAACCCCGAGUUCCAGACUCCCAAACCCUCGCCAUCCAAUCUAUGACCGGGAGACUUCUGGGUGAGGGGCUCGAUGCCCUUACCCUAGGCCUUGGGGGCCCAGAAUGCUUUGCACAGAGUUGUGGGAAGGGGGUAUGAAGCUGAGCAGGUCUCAACACCACCCCAUUCACCCCCCAAAAAGCAAAAACACUGGAAACACUGGGAAGGGCAAAGGCUCUGGCUGUUCUUUGGUACAGAGGAGGAAGAGGAGGCAAGAAUAAACGACAAACCAUCGGAAACAGUGGGGGUUGGGGAAGGUUCUGGGUGUUCCUUGGGGGAUGAGGGACUGAUACUCCCCCAAGGCCUUUCUCUUCCCUAUCUCUUCUCCCACCUGCUGCUUAUGACCUAGCCCUGCCCACACCGCUCUUCUGGCCUUCCAGAGAGCAUACUUGCCAAGCCCUGGCCUGACCUUAUUGAGGCUGCCUCAGUUAUUCCCUGCCUAUUCUUCUUACUUGCCUUCUUGCCUUAGCUUUGCCCCCUAGCCUGCAAGGCCCACCUGUCCUCCCACCCUCUCCCAGUGCCCCUUGGGAUUGGGGUCUAACUCCAACUUGGGAAGGAGGUUAAGGAAGGGAGCUGAAAGGCCCUCUCGUGGGCUGGGAGCCUUUGCCCCCUGGCACUCAGGGGUCCAUCGUAGCCCUGUUCCACUGUGGGAGGGCCUGACCAACAUCAGGUUUUGUUUUCUCUGUAAAAAAUGUACGAAUGUUCAAAGGGAAAUGUAUUUUCUUAACUGCUUAAAGCACAGCCAGACUGGAAAAUAGAUGAAUAAAUCACUUACAAGCA